AUGGAUAAAUUAAAAUCUAACAGCUAUAGGUAAAGAUCCUUUAGUAACUAAGGAAUAGUUACAAUCUAAAAUAAAUAAAAUAUAUAUCACAAUCUGAAUUAAAACUUUGAAAACUCCUAAAACUAACGCUAAUAGCAGUCCAACUCAAUUCUUUAGCAGUAACAGAGCUUGUAAAACUAAUAUCCCUCUCAUGAUUCUGUUAAAUAAAGCCAGUAAUAUGAUUGUAAUCGGAGAACAUCUUUGAGCUAAUUAAAAGCAUCUCUAGGACUCACAAACAACAAUUUAUAAGAAAUUAAUAAAAGCAUUAGUAUUGUGCAAAAUUAUAGACCUGAAUUCAAUUCAUAAAAGGGAAAUUCCCCAAAAGUGAAUAAUCAAAACGAUAGUUUUCAAUCAUCUUUAGCCCAAUAUAACCAAAUGAGUUAUUAACAAUUAAAUUAAAGCUAAAAUAUGCAGUUUUGUAGAAAUUUUAUUGAAUUUUUAAAUACAGAAGACUCACAAAAAUGGAUUUAAAUAACUAAAUAUUUUGAUGAACUCUAAGAUAUGGUAAUAAUGAAACUAUAACAUAGCUAAAUAUAUGAUAGAUCUUAAAAAAUAUUGUAAUUUAUAACUUUGAAUGCUGAGUUUAUUCCUAAAAAAUUUGAUAUUUUAAUGAGCUGUGUGAUAUAAGAAUUUUAAAAUUUAAGAGAUUUUUAUACAGAGAUUUAAGAAUUGCUUGGGGACUCAAGGGAUAUGCAGAAUGUAGACCAAAAUGAUAAAAUAUAUGAAAAAUGGUUGAAGUAAAUUCAAAGUAUAAGUGAUUAAUAUUAUAAAAUUCUAACAAGACAUGUCUAGUAAUUUUCUACUAAAAACCAGCUAAUGACUAAAAAAUAUGAAUUUGAUAAAAUAAAAAACAAUUAAAAUAAAUUCAAUCAAUAAUAAAAUGUAUUUGAUCAACAUAAUUAAUCAAAUUAUAAUUUUAUAAACUAAACAUUUAAUAUAAACAAUAACAAAGAGAAUAUCCCAAAAGGAAUAACUUUAGAAGACUAUUAAAAACUGUAGAAAGAGAGAAUUCUUGAUAAAUACUCUAAUGAGAAUACACUAAAUUUAAAAAUUUAAUAACUAGAGAAACAAGUUAGAUAAUAUUAGAGUAUGCUUUAAGCUAGGUCUAAAGAAUUUGAUAUUUGCAAGUAAGAAAAGUCAAAAGCAAUCGUUAAAAUAGAAGAGCUUGAAAAUAAGCUACACGACCUUGAAAAAAAUAUAUAAUUUACUGAUCCUUCAAGGUUCAGCUCUUUAAGGACUGGAGAGAGCGAAUAUCUAAUUAAGAGACAUGAAAUAGAAAAGAAUGAAUUAAGAAGAAUAAUAGAGCAGAAAAAUCAGGAAAUUAAAAGCUAUAGGAUUGAACUAGAAGGAAUACUAGGAGAGAUCGAAAUAACAUCAAGAAGAAAUGCAAAUUUAAACCAAAAUAAUUGA